GGGAUGCGGGCGGGUCUUCCGUGUGGCGCCGUCGCUGCUUCAGCCGCGCUGUCUCUGCGGCUCUGGCGCUGCGCUGCCGGCGUUGGCGGCGCGAGGGGAGCGAGGGGGCCGGCGGGGCUGGUGUGCGCUCGCGAGGGGCGCCGCGGUGCCAGCAGUUCCCUGCGCGCGGGGCCGGCGGCCAGGCUGAGCAGCAGUCGGCGAGGCCCUGGACGGCGCCAUGUCGGCGGGCGGCCCAUGCCCGGCGGGAGCCGGCGGCGGCCCAGGGGGCGCCUCCUGCCCUGUGGGGGUCUCCCCUGGCGGGGUGUCCAUGUUCCGGUGGCUGGAGGUGCUGGAGAAGGAGUUCGACAAGGCCUUCGUGGAUGUGGAUCUGCUUCUGGGGGAGAUCGAUCCGGACCAGGCGGACAUCACUUACGAGGGGCGACAGAAGAUGACCAGCCUUAGCUCCUGCUUUGCGCAGCUUUGCCACAAAGCCCAGACUGUGUCCCAGAUCAACCACAAGCUAGAGGCUCAACUGGUCGAUCUACGCUCUGAACUGACAGUGACUCAAGCAGAGAAAGUUGUCCUGGAGAAGGAGGUCCACGACCAGCUUUUACAGCUGCACUCUACACAGCUUCAGCUGCAUGCCAAAACUGGGCAAAGUGCCGACUCUGGCACCAUUAAGGCAAAGUUGUCUGUCCCCUCUGUGGAGGAGCUGGAAAGAGAACUCGAAGCAAGUAAAACAGAGAAGGUAAAGGAAGCUCAGCUGGAGGCUGAAGUGACACUGCUCAGGAAGGAGAACGAGGCCCUUCGCAGGCACAUAGCCGUUCUGCAGGCUGAAGUGUACGGGGCCAGACUGGCUGCCAAGUACUUGGAUAAGGAGCUGGCGGGCAGGGUCCAACAAAUACAGUUACUGGGACGAGAUAUGAAGGGACCUGCUCAUGAUAAGCUCUGGAACCAGUUAGAAGCGGAAAUACAUUUACAUCGCCACAAAACCGUCAUCAGAGCCUGCAGAGGACGCAAUGACCUGAAGCGACCCAUGCAGGCGCCCCCGGGCCACGAUCAAGACUCUUUGAAGAAAAGCCAGGGAGUCGGUCCUAUUCGGAAAGUUCUCCUCCUUAAGGAAGAUCACGAAGGCCUUGGCAUUUCAAUUACAGGUGGGAAGGAGCAUGGUGUUCCCAUUCUCAUCUCUGAGAUCCAUCCAGGACAGCCUGCUGAUAGAUGUGGAGGACUCCAUGUUGGAGAUGCUAUUCUGGCAGUGAAUGGAGUUAACCUAAGGGACACAAAGCAUAAAGAAGCUGUAACCAUACUUUCCCAGCAGAGAGGAGAGAUUGAAUUUGAAGUGGUGUAUGUGGCUCCUGAAGUGGAUUCUGAUGAUGAAAAUGUCGAGUAUGAAGACGAGAGUGGACACCGUUACCGUCUGUACCUUGAUGAGUUAGAAGGAGGUGGUAAUCCUGGUGCUAGCUGCAAAGAGAGUGGUGGCGAAAUGAAAGUGUUACAAGGGUGUAAGAAGACCGUGAGUGAUGCACAUGAGAACGGGCACAUGGGGGCUUCGGGGGAGAGCCCUCUGGAUGACAGCAGCGCCCGAGCAGCCGAUCUGCACAGCCUGCACCAGAAGAAGGCUUACUGACCCACCCCGAUGGCCGUCAGACUCUGCACUUGGGGCACUAGUGAGGAUGGUGACGAAGACUGCACAAGAUCAGGCAGGGCAGGCUGUGUGCUGCCCACAGACAGGCGGGAACCUCAGGGCUUCGUGUGAGCAACUCUAAGUGCACAGACCCCGUUUUCUGUGGUAUGCCUUCGCUAGCUAUUGCAUGGAAGGCAAUUUUGAUUUUCCUGGACUCUAAGCACCAAAGCAUGUGUCUCCCAAGGGGUAUUACUAGGCUCUUAAGGGCCAAGUGGAUGCUAUUUCAUUUGGCUCCUUUCAUAUUUAACAGGACAAUGCUAACUGGAUUUUCUAAGUACCCUUUAAACACAGCAGAAUAAAUGAAUCCGUAUCACAUAUUCCCUAAGGAAAAACUGCAGAGCUUCAGAUGGCAGAGCUUGACUCAGUGAAUUACAGAAAUCUAGGUUGACAUUUUUGCUUAACUGAAAAAUUUGUUUCAGGUUUUUUAAAAAGGUGUGUUGUACAUUCCUGAUAUCUAAAUUAAUUCUUCAUGAUCAUUUGUUAUAACGGGUUUGCUUUCCAGUUUAUUGCAGUACAAAAUAUUUUCUUUAGGCAAUCCGUAGCAAUCAAUGCUGCACUAGAAGUAGUUUCUGAAAAGUUAGUGUGCAUUUUACUUUGGGUUUUUAAAGGGAACGCAGACGAGUGUGAAAUACCUGUUGUCAAUUAUGUUGAUCUGUGUGCAUGGCACUGGAGCAUUACACUAUUAGUGUUUAGUCUCAAAUGUUUAUACAUUUUCAGUUGUUCAUAAGCUUUGUCUUGUGAUAGUCAGGAAACAUUACGAUGUCAUGAAAUACAUUGUGUUCAAACUGCAGUAUGCUUUAAGUACCUGACUUGCCAAUCAUUUAAAAAGCCAGGAGCCAAGGUGGGCAAGACAAGGUAGAGACAUUUUGAUACAGUGACCGUAUUGGUUAUCUUUUGAGUAUAUGUUUGACUAAAGCAAUACUCAUGUGCAAACUCUGUAAAUAUGUUAGUUGUCUUGUAUUAGAACUAAGCACAGAGUGCCUGAUCCCUCCUUCCUUCCCACAGACCUUUGCACCUUGUUAGGCAAAGUCAAAUACUGUCUUUAAAGAGGUGGUGACUUUUGCUCUGUCACUGUUUUAAAGGAUUUACACCUAAGGGAAUAUUAAGUGGGAGAAGCCUCUAUUAUCUCCUUUCUUGGUAUGCUUCUUUUUCCCAGAUGCAUUAUAUAUUUGUUCAAAGUUAAAUCUAUAAAGUGUAUAUACUUUAUUUUGUGAUUUCGCUAUUUAUAAGUUUAGUUUGUAACUGUUGCUCAUUUAUGGUCUGUGUGGGUGUUUCAUCCUUCAGAGUAUCACCAUGUUAACUGGUAACUAGAGGUGCACUUCGUCUGUAUAUUGUUACUGAUGCUGAGGUACUUAGUAGUGUAACAUUGCCUGUAAGCAAGGUUAGUGUUUUAAUUGUACAAAUGAAUAAAAAGUUACAUAUUAUUGUUUGCUCCUGACAGGCUAAGCCUCUUAAGAGAAAGAUUGUUUUUUUUUCUCAUGUAUUUCUCCCAUGCCAAAUACAUGCCCCACUGCAUGACUUGUGAUCUUCAAAGUAGGUGGUAGCCAGUGUGUUCAGUGAGGUGAAGAAAAAUAUCCGUGGUAACAGAUCUGAAAACAUUUUUGCUAUGACAUGAAACCAUGAUGUUGUUCCUAUAUUCUUUCAACAUACAUUUCCUGGGAAUGACCAUGGCUUUUUCUCCCCCAAAGAAUAUGCCUUAUAUGUAUGACUGAAUAUUUAGGAAAUAUAAGCUAUAAGCCUUUGGAUUUUUUUCAAGAUCUGCACAAUAAAUGGAUAAGAUUUUUAGAAACUG